UAAAAGAUGUCAUAUGUAUACUUUAGCGUGGGGGAUUAACUCCAUCUUGCAAAAAUAAAAGAAGACAUUAGAUUUUGUGCGUAGCUACGAAAAUGACGUGUUUUAAUUCGAUACCACUAAGACCUGAUAUAUUACAUCAGAAGUGGUCCGCGAAACCAUUCCUAUUAAAAGUACAGCCAAUUUUAAAUAAAGUAAUGGAAAGUGAGAACAUAAGUGCUGAGCGAUAUUCGCUGUUGCAGCUGAAGGCCUGGUGCACGGCCGUUGGGCUAAACGCGAGUGGCGCAAAGGCCACUUUAGCUGCAAGACUCAGCGACCUAUCAGCGGAGGCACGUGGACUGUGCCCUGGAGAAAAUGUAGCUGAAAAUUCAAAAAGGCAAGGUUCAGCAGCAACAGAUAAUUUUGAAAAGAGUGGCGAGGACAGUAGUGCAAACGAUGGUGAAAACAACGAUGGCGUGAACAACGAUGGUGUGAACAACAAUGGCGUGAACAACGACAUAAACAACGGUGUGAACAACGGCAUGGACAACGGUGCGAACAACGGCACGAACAACGGCAUGGAUAACGGUGCGAACAACGGCACGAACAACGGGGCGGACAACGGAAGAAUUAUAAGAAACGACAACGAUGGAGUGUGCGUUCGAAGCGACGUAGCUUGCGUACGUAGCGGCACCUUUGGGCGGCGUCCAGCAAGGCACACCGAAGAUAGCGAUAGCGUGAGUAGUGUAACAGCAGAACAUUUACCCGUUGUCCGCAACAACGACAAUGCCGAGGCAGCAGCCCUUAAAGUGGAGUAA